AUGGAAGGCGCCGGCGACUUCACCUUCGCCGUGGCCGCGCCUCUGGCAGGCGCCGGCGGCCCACGGGUUGGCCCCGGUCUGCUCUACCCGGUCUUCGGCCAGCCGCGCUCACCGGCGCGCCAGCGGGCUCUGGAGACGGAGACGACGACGGCCACCGAGCGCGUGCCGCUCGGCCGGCUUCUGCUCGUCGACGCGUUCGGCUUCGGAGCAGGAGCGGAGCAGCAGCCGGACGGCGUGGACAAGCGGCCGGCAAAGACGUGCUCCUGUUCGUGCUGCCCCGGUUCACCGUUGACGGCGUCAUCCCCGGCGCGCUGCCGGAAGAGCGGCUCCACGGGGUCGGUCCUCCGGUGGAGCCAGCGGCUCAUCGGCCGGAGCCACAGCGACGGCAAGGAGAAGUUCGUCUUCCUGGACGCCAGCCCUUCCAACUCCGCCUCCAAGCGCAAGGGGGUCAGGAGCGGCGGCACGGAUGCUGCCGGCGGCCACGCGCACGUCUGGAGCUCGUACGCGCACAAGGGCGGCGGCAAUGACGGCCGCCGGAGGUCGUUCCUCCCGUACAGGCAGGACCUCGUCGGGCUCUUCGCCAGCGCCACCGCGUUCCGGCGGAGCUAUUACCCGUUCUGA